UUAGAUCUACUUUCGCUUUCAAUCUUCCAUUGAAGAAGCUCCAAACAAUGGAGUUCCCUUGUGGGAAAAACUCCCAAAAUGCAUCUCAAAGAACCCCAAAAAUAUUCAUACUUAUAGCUUUACCAUUAAUCAUUCUAGGUAUUAUCUCUCUUUACCACCCUUCUUCUGUCACAUAUAUAUUAAACCAUCAUCCGCUCCAUGAAAAAUGUGAUAUCUUUCGAGGAGAGUGGAUUCCAAAUCCAGAUGGUCCAUAUUACACGAACACGACAUGUGGGGAGAUUCACGAGCACCAAAAUUGCAUGAAAUAUGGUAGGCCUGAUACAGAUUUCUUAAAAUGGAGAUGGAAACCAAAAGGAUGUGAGUUGCCUAUCUUCAACCCACAUCAGUUCUUGGAUAUGAUGAGGAAUAAGUCCUUGGCAUUUGUUGGAGAUUCAGUGGGAAGAAACCAAAUGCAAUCUUUGAUAUGCCUCUUAUCCCGGGUAGAGCAUCCAAUUGAUAUCUCUUCCACUCCAGAUUUCAAUUUCAAGAGGUGGAAAUACAAAACAUACAACUUUACCCUAGCAACAUAUUGGUCACCAUUCUUGGUCAAAAUGGAAGAAGCAGACUCUGAUGGUCCUAGGCAUGAUGGGGUUUUCAACAUUUAUCUUGAUGAACCUGAUAAAAAAUGGACAAGUCAAAUCAAGGAGUUCAACUAUGUCAUCCUUAACUCAGGCCACUGGUUUAGUCGAUUAAGUGUUUAUUAUGAGAAAAAUCAAGUAGUUGGCUGCUGGCGUUGUGGACUACCAAAUAUUACUGAACUCCCAAAUUAUUAUGGGUACGAAAGGGUAUUUAAAACAGCUUUGAAAGCCAUCAAUAACUUAGAAAAUUUCAAGGGUACAAUUUUUGUUCGGACUUUUGCACCUUCUCAUUUUGAAGGUGGAGAAUGGAAUACAGGUGGGAAUUGCUUGAGAAAAAGUCCAUUUACAAGAACUGAAAUAGUUUUGGAAGGUUUAAAUUUGGAGUUUUAUAAGUCACAAGUGGAAGAGUUUUGGGUUGCUGAGAAGGAAGGGAAGAUAAAGGGAAAGAAUUUUAAAUUAUUGGAUAUAACACAAGCUAUGUUAUUGAGACCAGAUGGUCAUCCAAGUAGAUAUGGGCAUUUGCCAAAUGAGAGUGUAGUGUUGUAUAAUGAUUGUGUGCAUUGGUGUUUGCCUGGUCCCAUUGAUUCUUGGAAUGACUUCUUGCUUCACAUGUUGAAGAUAGAACAAUUGAUUCUUUGAGGCAAAGCUCGACACUAGAAAUUUGACCUUCGAGUGAUCAUUUGCAUAUUUGAAUAAUUUACACAUAGUUCAAGUAUUUAGUAUGAAAAAAAGUAAUUAUGAUGUUAUUCUUAAAAUAAUAAAAUUUCAAUGAU